AUGGUCGCAAAAAUCGAUGGGAAUGCGAAGUGUUCCCUCCACCGUGACGUCGCCUCGCUAGCGUCGGCGCAGUCCUCCACGAUGGCAUGGAGGCCUCAAUCCGAUGUGCCACAAUCCGAUGUGCCCGAGACCGCCGCUCGGCCUCCGUUGACUUCGCACCAGUCCAAUUCCCUUCCCUCCACCCCCUACCAACAUGCGCGCAACCUAUCGUUCCACUCCCGGUCACCGUCCCCCGCCCGCGGAAGCACCUCCCCUCGAUCCACCCACUCCGAGGCCACACAUCUACCUCCCUUCUCCCGGAAACCGCUCGGAGGAUGUAAAUAUGAGACCGCGAUGGCAUAUUUUCGACGACGGAUACCGUAUAGUCUAGGAGCAGAUAUACUACCAGAGGAGAAAGGGGCAUUGAAGGAGCAGCUCAGCCCGGACGAGGAGAAAAAAUUGUCGACCGAGAUCAUGGAUCUGUAUGAUCGAUUAUUACCAUCUGCCGAGAGUGAUGAUCGACGCCGACAACUUGUUCGGAAAUUGGAGAAGCUCUUUAAUGACCAAUGGCCGGGUCAUAAUAUCAAGGCGAACAUUUUUGGCUCAUCAGGGAAUAAGCUCUGUUCCAGUGACUCAGAUGUGGACAUUUGCAUCACGACCAACUACAAGGAAUUGGAGCAUGUGUGUCUGUUGGCUGAGGUGUUAGCUAAACACGGGAUGCAACGGGUGGUGUGUGUGUCGCACGCAAAGGUCCCCAUCGUGAAGAUUUGGGACCCGGAACUCCGGUUAGCUUGUGACAUGAAUGUCAAUAACACCUUGGCGCUAGAAAACACUCGAAUGAUUCGGACCUACGUCGAGGUGGAUGAAAGAGUGCGGCCUUUGGCAAUGGCUAUCAAGCACUGGACGAAGCAAAGGAUUCUCAACGAUGCCGCGCUUGGAGGAACCCUUAGUUCUUAUACCUGGAUCUGUUUGAUCAUUAAUUUCCUGCAGACAAGAAACCCUCCAAUUCUCCCAAGUCUGCAAGCACGUCCACACAAGAAAAGGAUGACCCAUGAUGGAUUGGUCUGCUCGUUUGAUGACGACCUCAAGACCUUGUCUCAAUUUGGCCGCAAGAACAAGCAAUCAGUUGGCGAGUUGCUAUUUCAAUUUUUCCGGUAUUAUGGCUACGAAUUUGACUAUGAGAAGAACGUCAUCUCAGUACGGGACGGCACCCUGAUCAACAAAGAGGCCAAGGGCUGGCACCUGAUGUUGAAUAACCGACUGUGCGUGGAGGAGCCAUUCAACACGUCAAGAAACCUAGGCAACACCGCCGAUGACACUUCAUUCCGGGGAUUACAUCUGGAAUUGCGAAGGGCUUUCAAGUAUAUUGCAAACGGUGAUCUAGAAGGAUGCUGUGAGCAGUUUGAAUUCCCGGCAGAAGAGGAACGGACCUGGGAACGACCACCACCUCAACCGCGGCCAACUCUCACACCUUCCCUCCCAUCACGGGGUGGACGGGGAGGAAACCGCGGCGGCAGAUAUAAUAAUCAGUUCUCGCGAGGUGGGCUCGGUGGCGGGCGACGACAAUCAAACACUGGAAACAAGUCGAACUUCCGGCAGUCGAAUACUGGCAAUACAUCAGAUAUCUCCCUGCAGGCACAACAGCAAGCCCAGUAUCUUCUGCAUGACCAGUUAUACCAACAAAUCCAGCUUUUGCAGGCGCAGGAGCAGGAAUUGCGGAUGCAAUUGCAUAACCAGGCAUUGAUCACUGGAAGACCACCGCCGGUAUUUAUCCGUCAGCCAUUUAUCCAAUUCCCGGUUCCUCAACAGCAAGAGUUUCCAGAGGAAACCUCACAACCGAGAUCAGGAACAGGAACAGCAACCCAUGCUACUCUCAGCCCAACUCAACGACAGCAAACCAUUUAUAACCCAACUUAUGCUUCAGUUGGUGCAUCUGGCUCGCAAGCGACCAUCACCAACCCCCCUCGCCGUCUGCUGUUAGCGUUAUGCCUGAUACUCGUCGGCUCGCCCUCUCUUCCCAGCUAUAUUCCCCUUUAUACCAUACCGCCACCUACGGAGAACUGGCCAAAACAAAGGCUGGCUACCGAGUCGUCGGAAGGCGGAGAAGGCAGUGGUGACGAGAAUGUAAUGCGCUCGAACAGUUUGGCCAGCAAUGGAUCCCGCUCAAACUCUGUGGACGACAACCGACAGCAAGAUGUGUUAGGUUAUUAUAUAACUCCCCAACAACUUCAAGCCUUCCAGCAAGGUUCUAUGCUGCCGCCAUUGUCCGCACAGAUGGGCCUAGUCUCGAAUGGAUAUUCGUUUAUUCCCCUUCAGCCAGAUUAUCGACCGGGAUCAUUCUCAUCAGAAACGGCUCGCUCGGAGCACACUCCAACUUCCAAGCCCCCGUCGCAACCAGCCCAAUCCGCUCCACGCCCAGUUGCACCCGGUCCGUUGAUCGUUGAUGGAUCGGUGCGUCCGAGCGAGAACCGCUCGGCAUAUGCGCCUGAGUUGAUCGACCCCUACUCUGCGAUAAGCCACUAUACGUCGUCGGAUGAUCACAACAUGAACACACCUGCGAGUUUCUCCGAUUCCUUGUCUCAAGAUUACCAGGAUUCCGGGUCCUUUGACCUUGAGCACUCGGCCGUCUUCACUCGGCCCUCUACGGAAACACAAAAGGUCAAUGGUGUAAGCGGGGAAAAGCAGCCAGACACGAAUGGCCAAACUGAGCUUCUCGCCAGUCGGCUGCAGAACUACCACCUAUCGAAUUCCGAGAAGCUGGUACAGCAACCCGCGAAGACAAGUCCGGAUCGACCAAGAAAUGGCAUAGCACAAGGACCAGGAAAGGAAGUCGGCCAGUCCAAGAAUUCAGGACAGUUGAGUGAGAAACCUGCUGCAUCUGGACCGAAUGAGAAUCGGCAUCAGUCGAUGAACUCGAAGCGCCGGACUAACGGAGACCAUUCCGACAAGACGAACGGUGUCAAUGGCAAGAGCAAGCCCAAAGGCCAAGGCCGACACGACAGCUCUCACAACGCCGCCUCGGGCACCAAGGAUCGACACUCAGACCCGUCCCGAAGAUCAGGCGGACAGUCUAACGGCACGAACGACAGCAACCAUGGAUGGCAGACGACCAAAAAGAAAAACCGCAAGAACACCAAGUCGUCAAUGGAGUCUCGAAAUGGCAUUAACGGCGGUCAUGAGCUCGUUCCAGCGGAUGAUUCUUUGCGAAAAGGCGGGUGA